AUGAAACCCACGAAGAAGAGAAAUGGAACGGAAAUUACGGCAGCUCCUCUUCCUGACGAAGCUAGAUAAACAAACAAAAGCGAGACCUUAUUUUACAUUUAUCAAGUAACCUGAGCUGAUUUUUACGCAUCUGCACCUGUAGACAUGUCUCCGGGGAUUAAUUCGUCGCAGUAAGUCUCCCGUUACUGAAGCUCGGAGAGGCUAGCAUCCUGCUUGCAGAGUUAGCUGAGUGGCUAUGCGGCUAACAAGUGUUAGCUGGACAUGUUUGAUGUAGUGCUGGGGUGAAGAAGGAGCGCGACAUGAUGGCAUGAAAAGAGACACUUUUAUCUAAAGGUAUGCUCUUUGAAUUCGUUAACAUUUCUCUGUCUGGAGUUACGCUGUUUAGAUUAACUGCUUUGUACUAGUUUGCUUCAUUUUAACAUCACAUCAGUGCACAUUUGCAGAAAACGAGACUGAUGUUUUUUGGUUUUAAACAUGUUAUUGUUUGUGAGUCUUCACGGUGGUUAACUUUCUUCCACUUUCCCCCCCCAAAGAAAGUGCAAAACAGGUAAAACUUGGACUAAGUUUUAGACAUUACUGCACUCCCGAACACCUCCUCCUCCUCCUCUUCAUCACCUUCAUCAUGGCCUGGGCUCUGAAGCUGCCUCUCACUGAUGAAGUGAUCGAGUCCGGACUGGUCCAGGACUUCGAUGCCAGUCUGUCCGGGAUUGGCCAGGAGCUCGGUGCGGGGGCAUACAGCAUGAGGUACUGGACCUGAACCCUCUGCUGUUCAUGUAGUAUUAAAUAUUCUUCAGUUUAAUCUAUGAUAUCUGUUGAAAAUAGAUUUAAAGAGUCAGUAAGAAAAAGUGCCUUUGAAGGAUGCCUCCUUCAGCAAACACUUAACCUCUUAUUCAGGUCUUAAUUCUGUGUUUAUACCUGAUUUAAAGCUGCAAUAACGUUGCAUGCUCAGUAGGGCUGGGCGUUAAAAUGAUAACAAUAACAAACAUUAAUUUCCCUAUAUAUCACUGUAAAACAUGGUCAAUAUAGCCGGCAUUCUGCAUUGUUAUGGUAGACAAUACAAAUAAAGCAGGGGCUGGCUCAAUCUGUGGCACUGACACAUAGCCAGGACGUGCCACUAGGUGCCACGAAAAGCCACUAAGUGCCUGAGGUACUACACUUUUAUCUUAAGGUAUGCUUUUUAAAUUCAUUAAUUUAAGAGUGCCACAGAUUGAGCUUGCCGUCUCUCUACGAAUAGCCAGUGGAAAGGGGAGUUGCUUCAGGUCCACUUUGCGCUGAACUAAUCGUGCUGAAUUAGAACCAAGUAGCAAACAACUGCGUAGUAGCAGGCUGCAGCUACACGCAACCAUAGCACUUUAACAUGUGAAGCCGACAGCACUGUUGGUGAGAACAAAAGAAAAUGAGUGCUACAGAUGAAGGCUCAACAGAUUAUGACAUUGUAGACAACACUGGCACGAAAACAUCAAUGGUGUGGAGGUAUUUUGGUUUUUUUGAGGUCGGACAUGAAGCAGAGUAAUGUGCACUGCUAAUUCUGUCGAGUACAUGUUCUCAUAAAGUCGGGGAAUACCUCAAAUCUUUUUCACCACCUGAAGCAGCGCCACGCUGCAGAGCACACGCAAUGCAAAAGGUUACAAACCCAAGCGGAGUAAGGAGCCCAUGGCGCCUGUGCAGCCGAAACAGCCGACCAUUCAGUCUGCUUUCUCUAGCUCAACGCCUUAUGACAAAACGUCUGGAAGACACAAAGACCUCACAGAUGCAGUAGCUUAUUGUAUUGCAAAAGACAUGCUACUAAUAAACACUGUUAAGUUUCAUUUUUUAUAUCGUGAUUUAUAGAUAGAUAGAUAUACUUUAUUGAUCCCAAACUGGGAAAUUCCCAUGUUACAGCAGCGAAAAAAUACAAAAGAAAAUUAAGUAUAAAAAGAUGUACAAUGCAGACUAAAAAUACAAAAAGUAAUAAAUAUAUACAAUGUAUAGUAUCGAUACAAUAUAUAUAUCGACUAAUAUAAAAAAAUAUAUAUAUCAUAAUAAACUUUUUUCCAUAUCGCCCAACCCAAAUACUCAAGUAUUCAUAACCACAUCAAUUUUAUUCAUGUUGAGUGCUUCCGAUUUCUUCUCUCUAUCCACAUUAUUGUGCAGCUUGAUUGGAGAAAUAUCUUCACACUUUCAAUCUGGGCUUGACUAUGUGGGGUUGUGCACUGAGAGAUAACAACACUAGUGAAAAUGAAUCAGUGCGUGCAGCUGAGAUGCAAAGCUGUGUCAUGCUAAUGCUGAGAUUAAUUCCAAGUAAUUUGGGUCAUUGCUGUCCAGAUUAGCUCAGAUAUAUGGGUGUUAGUUUAUCUCCACAUAUAAAAGAAAACAAAGUGGGGAAAAAAAGGAUGUUUAUAAUUGUUGAGUUUGUUUUUUUUCAUGAUGAAAGUGAUGUGAAAUCCGUUUUGAAUUUGCUGACGCACACUCUUCACUUUGCUUGACAAAGAUCACUGUCUUGCGUGCCAAUAUCUGACUGGUUAAGUGCUCUGUUAAAUGAUACUGUGCAGGCUUCAAAGUGCCCACUUGUUCCUAACAUUCCUCUGUUGAGAGAAGCAAAGAGCUCCUGGCUGGAUACCUUGAUAUUUAGAAAGGUUGCUCAGGCUGCCUACAUCCUAAUAAACACACUGCAGAGCUGACUAAUACACCAUCCCACUAUCAGGCCUUAAUAGUUGUCUUGUGAUGGUUUGGAAGAUUUAUUAAUCAAAUAUGAAAGCUUGUGUCAUGUUGAAUCGUCCCGUGUAUAAUCUCUCUAACAGUGUUGUCUUUCUUAUCUCUGUUCUCCAGCGAUGUUCUUGCCCUCCCCAUCUUCAAGCAGGAGGAGUCCAACCUGCCUCCAGACUCUGAGAACCAGAUCCUUCCCUUCCAGUAUGUUCUGUGUGCAGCUACCUCGCCAGCUGUUAAACUGCAUGAUGAAACACUCACCUACCUCAACCAAGGUUAGCAUCAGCAUCCAAGAAACAGUUCACUUUCUCAAGAAAAGUGUAGUACUUUUGAGUGUCGUAGUUUGUAACUGAUCUGUUUCAGAGGGGAAACAUUCUUGCUGUGAGGCCUAUUGUACAAUACAAGGAAAAUAUCUAGGGGACAUUUUUUCCUUACAUGGCUACAUGAAAUAUCAUGUUUGUCUUGCAGAACAUGAGCUUUCAGAGAGUUCAUUUACAGCCAUGUAGUGUUGUUUCAUUAUGAUGUAGGGCUGGGCAAUAUAGCCUAAAAAACAAAAACAGAUUUUUCACACCAAAGUAAGUCGAUGAUUUUAAGUGAUUCGUCUUUUUCUUCUUAAAAAAACAAACAAAAAAAUUACAUGUGACAAAGAAAUGACUCAAAUCAAGUCUUAACCCCUGGGUGUUUAGCUCACCUCACCGCUGUGGUCGACAGAGUCAGCUGUUUGGCGUCAUUAAAAUGCGCUGUCAAAUCCAUGUUAGUCUGGACCAUAAGUCAGUUGUUGUGGAAUAAAAUGACAUCCUUUCUCGCUUCUUUUCUGCUCUAUAGUGAUCGUUUCACCUGCACAUACCAGGUGUUGACAGUAAAGUAAAAUAUUCGAUCAAGAUUUCAUUUUUCCAAAAAUCACCUUAAACCACCGAUAUGGAUUAAUUAAAAGUAAUAGUAUUAUGAUAGUAACAUAGUAACAUGGAUGCUGAAUUAGGUUUGACUAGAAAACUGUGAGUUUUGGGGGCUUGUGACAGCCCUUAUAUCACAGUAUGUCUGUUUCCUUUCAGGCCAGUCCUAUGAAAUAAGAAUGCUUGACAAUCGGAAAAUUGGGGAACUUCCAGAAAUCACUGGUAAAAUGGUGAAGGUAAGACUCCGAUACAAAAGCUGAUACAAAACAUUCAAAGAAGUUUAAGUCUGCCACUUUGACUCGUAUUGAACCCUCUUCUCUGAAUUUCAGAGCAUCAUCCGCGUGGUGUUUCACGACCGCCGUCUUCAGUACACAGAGCACCAGCAGCUGGAAGGCUGGCGCUGGAACAGGCCCGGUGAUCGCAUCCUCGACCUGGGUGAGCACUGAGUGAAACACGGCCGGGCUCUUCUGGUGGCUCCAGGAGAUUUCAGCUCUUAAAUAUUAAACAAAAUGUUGUUCACUCACGAUAGAUCAGUCUCUUAAAAUAAUGUAACAAAUAGACAUGUCCAGGUUUGCUCUUUUUUAACAUCUCUUUAGAAAGACAAUGGAUUGAUUGUUUGUAUGUUUAUUAACCAUACAAUAAUUUUUGUAUUAAUUAAACUCAGUACAGUGACUGUUAAACCAAAUCUAUGAUUACGAUUAAGAUGACAGUCGUGAUGUUAUGUUGCGCUUGGUGUGCAUUAAACAUUUGAUAACAGCCUGUUUCACAUUGAUCCAUUGCAGAUAUCCCCAUGUCCGUCGGCAUAAUCGACCCCAGGGCUAACCCUACUCAGCUUAACACUGUGGAGUUCCUUUGGGACCCAUCAAAAAGAACCUCAGUUUUUAUCCAGGUAGCAUGAUGGACAAAAAUAUUCUUUCUUUAAUUAUCUUUCCUUCAUCAAAAACAGAGGCAGUUUAGCUAAGCUUUGUAACAUGUAGUUUACUCAUUCUGUUUGGACAAAUGAUAAACUGAGUGACAUUGUGCAGCUAGUAACUACUAAUACCAAAGAAAUGACACUGCUGUUUCUUGUUUACUUGUGCUAAUUUCAACAAGGAGUUAGAUUUAACGUCCCGUUCCUUUUUAGGUACACUGCAUCAGCACAGAGUUCACAAUGCGCAAGCACGGAGGAGAAAAAGGCGUGCCGUUCCGCAUCCAGAUCGACACGUUUAAAGGGAACGACAAUGACGAGUACACAGAACACCUCCACUCAGCCUCCUGCCAGGUCAAAGUCUUCAAGGUGAGAGGAAGGAGAGGAAACGUUGAUGUCAUACGAUUCAAAUGCAGUGUGACGCGUACGAUUAUUCAUGUAAAUGACUCCCCCUCUGCAUGACCCGUGACAGCCUAAAGGUGCAGACAGAAAACAGAAGACAGACAGGGAGAAGAUGGAGAAGAGGGCGCCGCAAGAAAAGGAAAAGUACCAACCUUCUUAUGAAACCACAAUACUGACAGAGGUUUGUAUAUUAGCGGGCGAGGCGGGCUAAUUUAUGAAGCGCUGGCCAUAAAAGAGCAAUUGAUGUUGUAUUACACAGUUAAUAAACUGAAUAUGGAGAGUGUUACAUGAAGCAAAAAUGAGACAAUUACCCUCAAUCACCCAAAAUAGAAAGAGAGUCAGAACAACAGACUGUGGCAUUACCUAAAGGUGUUUACAUGUAUUCCAGCUGCAACUAUUCACUUCACCUUAUGAUAUUUUAAAGGAAAAAAGCAUCAAAUCCUCAUGUAAGGAAGCUGUAAGAGAAUGUCAGAAGACAUUAAGAUAAUAAGAUAAUAAGUAAACCUUUAAAGUGAUCGAUUAGCUGCCUACUAGAGCUCUUAGGUUAAUCGAGACGCUUCAGUAACAACAGCGUUGGUGUUUUGCAGUGCUGCCCUUGGCCUGAAGUCACAUACGUCAACAACUCUCCGUCUCCGGGUUUUAACAGCACACACAACAGCUUCCCAGUCGCAGAAGGGUAUGAGUGUUUCAUCCUUCCUCCCACUGCUUCACUUUUGAAUCAAGUUUACUGUGAAAUCAACUCAGUGGCUGUUGAGUUGCAUGAUUUUAGUUUUUCACCUUCUCAACUGUUCAUCCCUUUCAGAAACGGAUCACCAAACCACCAGCCUGAGCCCGUUGUUCAGGUAGCAGAUGUAAGUGUUAAACGCCCUGUGAAUCAACCGCCCGCUGCAUAUUGAUAUUCACAAGUGCGAAGCUGACAUCUGGGUGUUAGAGCUCUGCUUCCCAUGAGAUUAUCUGUGGCACUUUGGAAAUCCAAACAAUCAAAAAUGUGCUCAGCCUAACUCAAGAUGGGAAUGAAAGCGUUAAAUGGAGCCAAUUCAGAAAAAACACGAGGUCAGCUUCUAAGAAAUACAAGAACACGAUGUUUGUAUUAGAGAGGAACAGCUCAAGGUUCAAGACUUCUGUCACUUAACCUUAAAACAUGACUUAUCUGCUUGUUUUAUACUCUGCACGCUGAUUAUUUUGGGCUAAUGAGAAAUGUUAGAGAGCUAUUAACAAAAUACCAGGAGAGAGAACCUUAUUCUGUGCAGCAUUAUCAGUCAGCUCAAUUUGCAGCAUGAAAAGAUUGAAAUUAUAUGAUUUUAAGUAUACUUACUCUUUUUUUUUCUCAUGUUAAAGGUGCAUUUUUCUUCUCAGAAUUUGUUACCCACGGCAACCCCGCAAGAUGCACAACAGUGGCUUUUAAGAAACCGCUUCUCGCCCUUUUGUCGGCUCUUCACCAACUUUUCAGGUACGGUGUCUCUUUAAUUCAGCCCAUCACAGCGUCACCUCUGUUAGCCCGACUGAGACUCUUAGUCAUGUCUCAUGUUUAAAGAGGAAAGAGACAGAUUUGAUCAAAAUAAACCCUUUUAGAGAUUUACAUCUUUCAGGGAGAUUUAGAGACAGCAAAUGGACCUUCUAACACUUCGUUAUCACAUCCAACAAUUCACAAGAAUAAAUUCAUUUCUCUGGACAAAAGUAAAAGCCAAAGCAGCGUGAGGUGAAACUCUCACAGUCAGAUAUGAAACAUUCUUUGUGUAAACCUUUAACACAACACAGCCAAACAUGAAUCACUUAUCUGGCAAAAAGACUGUAAAACAGAUCGUAAAACCCCAAAUGAGUCAGUGAGGAUGUGAGGAUGGUUUACAAAAGAAGGGGAAGAUGCAGCAGUGGUCAGAGCUCCUAGACCUCCCUGUGGUUUGGAUUUUAAGGUUUAUACAACAAGCUCUCAUUUUUACACACAGGCGCCGAUCUUUUGAAGCUGACGAGAGAGGACGUCAUCCAGAUCUGCGGUCCGGCAGAUGGUAUCAGACUCUUCAAUGCACUGAAAGGACGGUGAGUCCUCUUUCAAAUCGACCCUAUCUUGCAGCGUCAUUCCCUGUGUAUAAAAGUCUAGUGGACGUUCUUGUAAAUUUUUCUUCUGUGUUUGACGUUGACAGAGUGGUACGCCCGAGGCUGACCAUCUACGUUUGCCAGGAGUCUCAGCAGGCUCGGGAGCAGCAGCAGCCCAAACAGGAGAACGGAGACGCUGCUGCCAACACUUUCUUCGGUGAGUGCCUGUUCGCGAUUUAUUGAUGUCUUGAGGAAUCAGGGAAUGUAUUUUAUAUGGAGUAAGUAGACGUGCACCUCAAGGUGGGUCAGCUUUGUUAAAAAUAAUCAUAGAUGAAUGGAGCAUGGCCAAUAAUCGCUUGUGUGGAACAAUAGUACAAAAUUAGAGAGUUAUCUCAUAUUCAUGUUAUUCAAUCAUUAUCCAUCGUUGCUAUUUACCUGAACAGACACUGCGGACAGCUUUGUCUUCAGGUGUCCUUUAAAAUCUGAGUGAUUUCCAUUCUCUCGUCCUGAAUCUACAAGACUCUCUGUCCCCAUUGGGAAUGAUAACAAGUCUGUUAUUUGGUUUGAACGCGGCAAAAAAUGCGUCUCCAGGUUGUCUCUGUUCUUCCUCCUCGCCGCUCAGGCUGCAGGUUGUUAUGAAAGCCUCAUAACAACAUUUUUUUCAGGUGCCAGCUGUCGGUGGUAUCUAAGUAGAGCUUUUGAUAAGCUAGCUAAUAGCUAACUAGUUUUGGCUUCUCACCAAAGGAGUACAAAACCGACUUCUUGCCAACAUGCACCUGGCGAAAAGGCAUCCGCUGACAGUGGAAAGGACGCUCCAGAUUAACGAGUGUUUGAAGAGAAAAACAAACACGAGUAGAGCCAACUGUUUAGAAAGAGAUUUCAUUUUUGUGUUCAGCUUAGAUUUUAGGAAGUCAGAUAACAUCUAGAGCUAUCAUACUGUGUUAAACGGUGGAUAAAAGACGUGUUUUACCUGCUUUUUUCUCCACAGUAUAUCAUGCUAUUUACCUGGAGGAGCUCACAGCUGUCGAGCUAACGGAGAAGAUCGCUCAGCUUUUUAACAUCUCCCCUCGACAGAUAAAUCAGAUCUUUAAACAGGGGCCCACAGGUAUCCAUGUGCUGGUCAGUGAUGAGGUAAGAUCAUGUUUAUUCUUCUAUAACCCUGCGUCUCCAUAGACACACAGUAAAUCCCCGUUAUAACACGCUCUGGUUUGUCUUCUUCUCCUCAGAUGAUUCAGAACUUCCAGGAUGAAGUGUGUUUUGUUUUGGACACAAUGAAAGGUAUCUGAUUGCAAUAAUGAAUGAUCCGUUUCUAUAUUUAACGCGGCGCCUUGAUGAGAUUCAUCCGUUUAUUUUUAACACCCUCCUCACCUGCUGUGUUUCCUUUUUCCUCACCAGAUGACACGAACGACGGCUACCACAUCAUCCUAAAGUGAACUCGCAGCGGGAGAGUAGAUCUUCUUUAGACCCUCUAGAGCUUCAUACUCCUCCUUUCUUGUUCCUGGAAGAAGCGGAGACGCCCCGAGAAUCCUGCUGAGGCUGCUCAGAGGAAUCUGUGACUGAAGCACACAGCCCUCUCCUCACUAAACCUUACUGUCUUACUUUGAAGGAAGUGACCGCUACUGUUGUGAAGUAACAGCGUCCUUCUCGCCCUGCCUCUCUCGCCCUGUAAUGGUUGCGUUCUCUUCUGUCGCUUAUGUCUCAUGAAUGAGGUUCACGGCUUUGCAGCUGCUAUUCCUCUUUAAUUGUCGGCUGAGCAUCUGGUGUGCCAAGACUCUGUGCUUCAGAAACAGUUUGUUGUCUCUCUAAGAACCAAUGGCCAAAAAAAAAACCAGAAAAAAAUAAGGCGACAAAAGCAGAGAGACUGUGAUAGUUCUCGACUCUCAGUCCUGGAUUCAGCACGAUUUCAAGUCAUCAUGUUAGGUUUCUAAACCAGAACCUGCAAUACGAUAGUCUGACGGAAACACGGUCUAGCCAAUACAAUCACACUGUCGCCCAAAAAGAACCACAAGAGGAAUCAAGAGCAGCAGCGAGUAGGACAAAAAGGGAAACGUUGGAAUCCAGCUGUUGUCUGUAAAAUCUGUGAUUCCUUUGAAAUUUUAACAAUGUGAGUCUUUGGCUGUUUGAGCUGUUACGUAAAAGAGAAAAAAAACUUUUUAUACGACUCCCAAACGCUGUUUGGUCGCUGUAGUUUAAAAUGUAGAGCCAUAGACCGUGUCAAAGAAGUGGAUUUAGCAGCUGUGACUUCAGGCGUCAUUUAUAGAUUCUGCUUUUUAGAUCAGAUUAGGUAUUUAUCCUUUUGGGGAGCUAAUUCUUCGCUUAAAUGACAACUGGACUUGUUUGAGGAUCUUGAAGAUGUUUCAACGUUCACUAAAGUGACUGGAGAUUUAAAGCCUCUGUUGGUCCUCCCACUGCAGAAGGGUGGUGGUCACCUGAGAGUCGUCAGAAGGGUCGUCAAACUAGUUUCACGUUAAGGAGGGUUCCCUUCUGGGUUCCUUCAGGUUUUCCAUACCCUCAUGGUACUGGAGCCUGUGAUCCAGCUCGAAAGCGUUGUUUUGACUGCUGAUGACAGGAAUUUAAAACUGAAUUAUAAAAUUUGUAGUUGAUUAAGAACUGAAUUAGCCUUUUGGAAGAGAGGAGAAACAUCUCCAAGAACCUCAAACAAGCCCAGUUGCCCUUAUAAUGAAGACUUGGAUUACCAUGACCUGCAUGAACGAGAAGGAGGAUGAUGGUCUGGAUUUGUCAGAGAGCAAAAUCAUGUGUUCUGUAAUGAUAUCCUUGCUUCCAUCUGCUGUAAUGUUUUGAUACAGACUGGAUUAGAAGUUAUUUACCUUAAAGUUACAUUUCAUCUUUUUACAAAUCUGCAUCAUGAUAUUAUUUUUGUCAAAUCGAGACCUAAUUCACAACAAAAUAUGUUUUUUUUUAAAGCUCAUGCUGCUGAAACAAGCCAGAGUGAAGCCUCUGUGUGUUUAAGCAUUUACAGCGAAACUGAGACCUUCAAGAAUUAGAUACACUAUGUCCGCUUCUUUUAGACGGUCUAUGUGUAGUUAGCAUAUUUGCCCUUGUGGUUACAAAUUUAUAACCGCUAAUGAAAACACUGUCUGUAAUUGAUCACUGUCGCAACACCAGCAAACUGUCUCUGCUCCACGUGCUUCCUAAUUCUGUCAGCCCUUUUUUUUUUUAGCAUCUCAUCAUGUUUCGCUCGCUGUUUUCCAACAUUGUGUGUAAAUAGAGGAUUAUUUUAAUUUGCUUUUUCCAUGGAACUCUUAAGUUACUUUUUGCAGUUUUUAAUUAAUCUUUCACAUCUUACAUGUCGCCUCUUUGUUGUUUUUCUGGAUGUUACCACUUCCACAACUACUAAUACAUGUAAUGUGCUGUCGGGGCGCACCAGAGCUGCAUGUGAACAUAUGUGGUGAGUCUGUGUCGUGUCCUUGUGCUGCUUUACAUGAGAAACGAUAGCUUGACGAUAUAAGUAUCCAUCUUUACUCGGAUCUGAUCAGCAUUAUUAAAAUUCUUACCCAUGUACUGUCCGCAACCUGCUGUUUGUCCCUCUCUUUUGCAAUGUUUACAACAAUAAAUGUGUUUUUUUUAAAACAGAA